GGACGUCUGUGUAUUAAUAUUUAAUAAAAAUAUGAAAAUAAACGAAACAUUUAAAACAAUUUGUAUUUAACAUAAACGUAUCGAUUAAAUUAUACAAAAAUGUGUUGAAGAGUGUUUUAUAUUAGCGAAGUGAGGCAAUUAAGACGUGCAAAAUGGCAAAGGAAAUGAUGAUAGUGUUUGUCUAUGACACUCUGUGUUGUACGGCAGAAGAGGACGACCCUAUCAAUGCUGUCCUGUACUUCCAUCCAGGAUGGGUGUCCGACACACAGCGGCAUGCAUUAGCAGGGCAGGUGGUAGGAGCGGCGCACUGCAUCAAGACCCUGUUCUCGCAGCCCGUGGCCAUCACGCUCCAGAGCGGCAAGUUCAUCAUCCGGGAGUACGGGAGAUACAUACUGGCAAUAGGUAGCGAUAGAAACAUUCCAGACUGGGUGCUAAAGAACCGAGCCAACCUCCUGACUUCCAUGAUCAAGGUGUACCACGGUGACCUCCAGGUCUUGGCAGAACAGAUGGAGGACCAGCGCCGUCUCUCCGAGAAGCUGUAUCAGGUGUUUGAGACCUACUUACCGGUGCUGCAGUAUGGAUGUCAUAUCUUUCAAAGAGUUCCCAUGUUGACAUUACCGAAGAGCGCAACCUCAAUUUAUAUGGAGUCAAUGCAAAUACUGGAACACUGCAGGAAAAGCAAAGGAGUGUUGGGAGGCGUCAUAUUGUAUAAUAAUAAGAUAAUCUCGACCCAGCUCCCUCCUGGCCUCACAUCGUACCUCACAGUGGUAGACCCGUACAGGAUAAAGUCCCCAGCUGAGACACUGCAGACAGAGACCCCCUUACCGCUCGGAGCUCAACUCCUAGUGGUCUACGUGGGGAAGAAGCUCUACAACAACCUGAAGAAGGAGGUGGAGAAACUGCAAGAGUUUCAUGAGAAUGGAGAGGAAAUGAUCGCAAAGUUUAAAAAGAAUCAAGAAGCUGAGCGCGAAAAGUUCCCUCAAUCUGGUAUGAAGCGGGACAAGUCCCUGCUGUUCACGGCCGUCCCUGAAGAGGACCACAGCAUGAUCUCUCCGCCGAGCAGGGAGGAACGCAACCCUGACGAGGAGAGGAAGCCGAGACCCGCCACCAUGCCAGAUGUCGUACCCUUCACCAAUAAACCCAGACCCCGACCAAACAAACUCUCUUUAAGCUUCAAAACACAAAUAUCAUUAGACGAAGAUGUUCAGGAAAACGAGAAAGUCUUCACUGGUCAGACAAGCGUCUGCUCCACUCCCAUGGUAGAGUACAAACGCUUGCACGGCAACAUGCUCUCCAUAUGCCAAGUUCCAGAAAACCAACAAGACAAAACUGUCAUGGAACCUGAUGUCUUGAAGAAUAUAGAGGAGUCCAGCAAAAUUAACCUAGAAAAUGAAAAGCGAGACAACAAAAUGGUUUUAGACAUUAACUGUAUUGCUGACCAUUACAUCAAUAAGCCUGAGCCUAUAAGAAAGUUGGCGAGUGUUACCGAUUUACAAGAGAGUAUUAAGAAAUUAUCCAAUCGUGCGACUUCUAAGUUUAAGCUAAAAUGGUCGAAAGCCUCGUUAAAUGAUGACAGCCCUUCCCCUGAACAUAACUCUAAGAACCCCAGCACCAUGACAAUCAAUGAUCCUUUGUUCCCAGUCUUCAGAAACGACGGUGUUGCCAUAUCAGAAUCCCUUUUCAACCAAUACUUGGAACAGCACUACUCGAAGAUGAAACAGGAUUCCAACGACAAUAUGUUCACAUUCAAUAUGAAGUUAUGUGAGCAAGAGAAGUUUGAAGAUUUCGACUCGGAACUAAACAGAUCUCCACAAAGAACUCCAAAGAAAAAAGUUAAAGAUUCUACAAAAACUUUACCGACGGAUCAGUCGAGGAGGAAAUCUUUAUCUUUGCCUUUGAAGUCGUUGAAUGAGAGUACUGAUUCUCAGAUUGGGUCUGAGAAUGGUUCUGAAGCAACAAGUCUUAAAAAGAAGCUAACUGGAGUACAGUUGACUCCUCUGAUGGAGAAACUGAGCCAUUUGGCGUUUUCUGAUAAGUCUAGCGGGUACAGCAGUAGGGUUAUGACUCCAUUGGAGCUUAGAGAAUUUCUGACGCCGGCAGCUGAGAAACAGAUAACGUUUACCGAUAGGCCAAAACCUCCAACUCAAGACUCAGAAAGUGACGAGGAUUCUGACAGCGAUUUGGAACUGCUGCCCGAUUAUAGCAAGCAUGCCGUCAAGUGUGCGCUCUUCGUCAGCGGGCUGCACAAUAUGGCGCUACUAGCAUUGAUCGACACUGAGGCUGCAAACAACGUGGAUACCAUUAAUUCACUGUGGGAAACUUCUCUAAACGCACUAGGCCCCAUAGAGCAGAAGUGCAUUGAGCCGCUUGCUGCUGUCGGCGAUGCGACUGACUACAGCUACCUGACGCUGGACCCCGACUGGGGAACGGUGCGCAAGGGCGGGCCCUGGGCCGCACUCGACAUUGCCACUAUGGGACUCAUACAUAACGAUUUCGCGGAAGAUCCUGAACUAUCCGAAUUUAUAUUGAGGAGUGACGAGAGCGUGGUGGUGGGCGGGCAGUGCGGCGGCGCGCAGAUCUACUACCAGGAGCUGGGCGCGCGCGGCGCGGGCCCGCCGCCGCCCUCCGACGCGCUGGCGGCCGCCCCGCUGCGCGCGCGCCGCCGCCUGCAGCGCGACCACGCCACGCUGCUGCUGUAGGAGACUCCGCGCGACUACAGGGGACGGAGGCCGGCGUGCACUUCGAUGGGACCCACAGACUUGACGCUGAUGAGUGACUGCUACAUCCUUGUCGCAACCCUCAAACUGAGCCCCAUUUCUCAAUGAGUGUAACUACUGUACCUAGCUACUUCAAGGCUUAAGCACACAUGCUUCAACACGAAAGAAGUGUCCACUAAACCAUUUUAGAAGGUAUAAUUUAACUAUUAUAAACGUCAAAAACGUGAACCAUUGAUAUUUUAAAUACGUGGUCACGUUUUUUUUAUUACUUAGUGCUUGAGUAAUCAGACAGACCUACAUACUUGAGAUUAAAAAUAAAAAUUUUAAUUACUGCUAAACGGAAAUGCAAAAUAGGUUAUAAUAAGAUAGAAGCUGCCAGAUAUUAGUCAUUAAAUACUAAUAGUACGUCUGUAAUAUGUCGUAUAUAGAAACUAGGAACUACUCAAGUUAAAACUACAUAUCUACUACUAUUUCAUUAAAACAACUAGUACCCUCAUAAUACCAAAUAUUUACAUUACUUAUUCCCCAGGAAGCACCUCCUCAUAGAAGGCUUAAUAACUGAAUUUUGUUUUAUAUUUUGUAAUAUUAUUAUUAGCUUAAGUACACAGAUAGGCGUAGGAAACUAAGGAGCUAUAUACUACCAAUGAAGUACAGUGAAAAGCUUAUAUUCAAUUGUUUUCUUAUAUAAUUAUCUACUUUAUAAACUUCACCAAAGGGUUUAUACCAAAAUAUACACCUGUUUUUAUUUUUUGUUAUUUAAUCUUGAAAAGAUUCCUGCUCAUAUUUAUUUUUCGAUUUGUUUCACAGGGUGCUCAGUUUGUAUUCAAAUAGAUAUUGUUGUGUAGAUGUAAGUGUAUGUAUGUAUUGGAAGUUUAGUAAGUGUCACAGGCAUCUAGAAGUGUUUAUUUAUAAUUUUAUACAAGGAAGCUUAGUUUCAUACAGCUAGCGAGCUACAGCUUACAUUGUGCCAGAAUAAUUUGUGCCAUUCAAUUUGAUCAUUCCAUUAGAUUUAGGAAUCUGAAUUUUAUAUAAUUAUAUUUUUUUGAAGAUUGUUUUUUUAUGAAGCUAACUGAUUUAUUGCUAGACAUAAUUAUUUGUUUUAGUAUCUUAAUUCAAAUACGUGUUAUAGAUUAUCAGCCAUUCUUCGUCUAAGAUAACAUUCCUAUCAAUAACUUUUACUAUCCACUAUUCAUCUUCUACUUAUUACCUAGAGAAAAGUGAGUCAAGAGGCCAUGGCUUGAACACUAUCGACAUAGUUUUCAUAUCGCAAGCAUCACAAUUUUAUAAAGAAAAAAGUUUGAACGUAUUUCACCUUGUCAAUAGCGUUCAUGCUCUAGUCACUGAUUGCCAAAUGGUUGUAGUUCAAAAGAAGGGUUUUAAAAGCCAAUAAGUCGCUAAUUUAUCACCCCUAGGUCCAGCUACAUACAUACCCUCCUAGCCCUGAUAUUUUUUGCAGUAGUAUAGAAAAGCUACUUUGUAGUCGUAAAUUAUUUCUAGCUCAUACUAUUCUUGCCACUAGAAAAUAAGUUAUUCGGCCAACUCUAGACUAGUGUUGCUAUAGUGAGGUUGGGUGUUGCCAAUUUCGUAUUUAUUUUCAUAGAGCUAAAACUAGUCCUUCCAAAAUUUCUCUAGAUGUGUUUAGUAAACUAAUACAGCUUAUAAUAAGUUAUUGCUGCUGAAAUAUGUAUUUUAUACGGUAACGGCCUGUAAUAUCGUGUUGGUAGUGCACGAAAAAUGUAUGCAUGUCUUCAUCACUACAAGCAAGUUUUCUGUAACGUAACUUACACAAAUUGAACAUGCAUGCAUUAUUUUGUGACUUUAUGGAUCAUGUUCAAUCUAGUCUGACUAAAGUACAUUAUGUGGCCAUUGGUGACAAACGUUUUUAUCGACAUUUUUGCCCUAUUUACGUAGGGACAAAUACAAAUGUCGAGGAAGUUACAUUAAUAGGCUGCUAUGUAAAUCAUAGUCCUUACACGGGCUUUAGACAUUCGAUAGUAUUUUUGGUUUAGUUUUAAGUAUAGUGAUGUAGCUUGCAGAGUACGUUACUUUAUUUCGAGCAGUAUUAUAUGUACGUAAACCAAUAUUCUAAAAUCUGUAGGAUUUGAAGCCUCUAUUUACCAUUUAGAUGGUUACAUGAUAGGUCUUGUGGAUCGUUGAUAUGUGCUAUAGGGGUUUAGUACCUACUGCAUUCUGCUUGCCCAGCAUUAAUGUUGCUCUUGAGGUUUUAUUAGGAAGAGCUACGAAUUAUUAUUCGCUUUACUUGUCCUAUUGCAAAUGCACAGGAGGAAAAUCACUAUGAUUCGUAGUUUUACUCAGUUAGUCCUAGGCCUCUUACCCUUGGUUCGAACCUGCACUCUCGUACACAGACAUUAGUCACAACAGCUGACAGACAGACAAAAGGCUUUAAUCAUUUAUUUUAUUAGCGGCUUCAAAUCGAACAAUGUAAUAUUUGUAUCACAUUCCACGUCCCGUAGCUGUAAGUAACACAAUUCCGCCAUAAUUAAAAUCGCGUCCAAUGCAAAUAAUAAUGCUAAAUAAACGGUCAUAGGUUGCCAUGUAUUGUUUUAAUGUUAUUUGUAUACUUGAGUAUUUAUUUUAUCAUCGGUUAGUUGUCGCCAUGGUGAGUGCCAACACGACACAAUUAUGUGGUAUAUUUAUAAUAAUUAUACAUAAAUAAUUGUUAAGAAUUUUAAUAAAAAUCUGAUAAUGAGAA